AUGGGACGCCGGCUCGGGGAUGGGAUGCUGGUUCAGGGAUGGAAUGUCGGAGAUGAAGGCAUGGGGAUGGAGUCAUGGGAAGGCGGUAUGGGUCGGGGCCGUGGGGUCAAGUCGGCGGGUGGGGCCGCAGGCUGGGGGCAGUGGGGUAGGGGCCAUGGGGUCAGGCCGACGAUGUCAGGGUCGGUGGGGUCGAGGCAGCUGCGGGCAUGGAGGGAUAUGGGCUCGGGGCCAUGGGGUUGGGCCGGCAAUGUUGGGGCCGGCGGGGUUGAGGUAGCCGCGGGCGUGGAGGGAUGUGGGCUCGAGGCGUGGGAUGCCGGAGGGACAGGGCGGGGAGGGAUAGGGUGGGGAGGGAGGAAAGGAGUGGCAGGGGGGAGGGUUGAGGGGGGUUUGGAUGUCGAUGAGAGGAGAGCGCACUGGGGCCGUGGGAUGCCGGAGGGACGGGGUGGGGAGGGAGGAAAGGGGGGUUGGGAGGGUUGA